CCAGAUUCAACCAGCCCAUUCAGAACUACUCCGCGUUUCACUUUAGACGAAUCCUUAGUCGCAUCCGAGGAGUUUCGAUCACUUGUCGGUUCACUGGACACCCAGAUUUUGACGAAAAUUAGCAAUGCAUUCGUCCAUCUAUAUUCUCGUCUUGUUCGCCGUAACUUUGACAACCGCGCAGUCCACAAUGUGCCCGGAAACGGUGCUAGAUGGAGUUUACUCCUUCGUCAUCAACUCGACCUCCCCACUGGGUCCGAUUAAUUUGAUGUACGUCCAACACGACGCCUUCCGCGGGCUUCCCUUCGCCACGACAACGUUGCACAAUGAGCUAAACCAGUUGACGACGUAUAACCGUUUAGACGACUUCCGGCGGUACGAUUGCCCCGAUAUUUGGGGGUACCAAACCGUUUGUGAGAAUACGUACAACAUGACGGUUGAACAGAGGGAAAAAAGUAACCGUACCGCUUUCGAUCGUGGUCAUAUCACUCCCGCAAACCCGUACCGAUUUUCUGUAGAUGCACUAAGCAGUACGUUCUAUUGCAUCAAUAUUGCGCCACAAGAUCCCUGGACGAAUCAAAAUCCUUGGGUUACGGUGGAAAGUAGGGCUCAAAGACAUUUUGCCGCCGACGCUGGCUACGUCAUGACCGGAAUCUGCGAUCGAGACGACGUCUGGAGUCCGACCUAUAUCGGCUACAAAGUUCCGGCCUGUUACUGGAAAUUAAUUUGCUACGUGGACCCCAGAGGAGACACCCAAGUCGUCGGGUUCAUCGGAAAUAAUACCCUUCUCAAGUAUUGUAGUGGAUGUGACGUGGAGGAGAAAGCGCAACGAGUCAUCGAUACCACAACUGUUCGAGAUCAGCGCGAAAUCCUGAACGAAAUUGACUCGAAUCGGGUCUCCUUCGUUUUGGAGGCUUGGGUCGGGGCGGAAAGUUACUUAUUGGUUAACAGAAAUGAAAACAGGGUGCCAAGAGCGACCGACUGCUGGAGUAGGAUGACCGCUCCACAAGAGGUUAAGGAUGAGUGGAAUACCGUGAUGAGAGCAGAUGUCUUGGCGCAUGAGUACACGGAGGAGAUGGAUUUGGACUUGAUUCAAAAGAUGUGGCAGGAGCGGUAAAUUAUUGUGGGGGAUUGUGAGACAAGAUUUUAUUUAAUGGCGGCAAAAUUUGAAUAUUUUAAGAUCAAAGUUUGAUUUGAGAAUAAAAUCAUGUGAAUAUUGCAUCAAUUAA